CCGCUUCCGGUCCCAGCGGGGUGGCGGGAUAGCGCAGGAGCGCGCGUGAGUCCGAAGCAGCGCGUGGCGCAGGCAAAAUGGCGGACGGGACAGAUUCAGUUUCUAAGAAACACAAGAAGAAAAAGAAGUCUUUGCCAGAUGAAGAUGUUGCAGAUAUACAACACACAGAAGAAUUCCUUAUCAAGCCCGAAUCAAGAGUUCCACAGCUGGAUACAUCACAAUGGCCUUUGCUUCUCAAAAAUUUUGACAAGCUAAAUGUGAGGACUGCACACUACACCCCUCUUCCUUCUGGCUGCAACCCCUUAAAAAGAGAAAUUUCUGAGUAUGUAAGGACGGGCUUCAUCAAUCUGGAUAAGCCUUCCAACCCAUCUUCCCAUGAGGUGGUGGCCUGGAUCCGCCGCAUUCUCCGUGUUGAGAAGACGGGGCAUAGCGGCACAUUGGACCCCAAAGUUACCGGGUGCCUGAUUGUGUGCAUUGAGCGAGCGACGCGUUUGGUCAAGUCCCAGCAAAGUGCAGGCAAAGAGUAUGUGGGAAUCGUUCGGCUGCACAAUGCAAUUGAGGGUGAAAUCCAACUUUCGAGGGCAAUAGAAACACUGACAGGUGCCCUCUUUCAGAGGCCUCCCCUCAUUGCUGCAGUGAAGAGGCAGCUAAGAGUCCGAACCAUUUAUGAAAGCAAACUGGUUGAAUAUGAUCCAGAAAGAAGACUGGGUAUCUUCUGGGUGAGCUGUGAAGCCGGAACCUACAUCCGAACACUUUGCGUCCAUCUGGGCUUGUUGCUGGGCGUCGGUGGUCAAAUGCAGGAGCUCCGGCGAGUGCGGUCUGGGGUCAUGGGAGAGAAGGACCACAUGGUGACCAUGCACGAUGUGCUGGAUGCUCAGUGGCAGUAUGACAACAACAAGGACGAGAGUUACCUCCGGAGAGUGAUCUUCCCCUUGGAGAAGUUGUUGGUUUCACACAAACGGCUUGUUAUGAAAGAUAGUGCGGUGAAUGCAAUUUGCUAUGGCGCGAAGAUCAUGCUUCCUGGAUUACUGCGGUAUGACGACGGGAUUGAAGUCAACCAGGAGAUCGUGGUGAUCACCACAAAAGGGGAGGCUAUCUGCCUAGCUAUUGCUUUGAUGACAACGGCGGUGAUCUCUACCUGUGACCAUGGAGUUGUAGCAAAGAUCAAGCGUGUGAUCAUGGAAAGAGACACCUAUCCUCGCAAGUGGGGGCUUGGUCCGAAAGCUUCUCAGAAGAAGAUGAUGAUCAAGCAAGGAUUAUUGGAUGCUCGCGGCAAGCCUAACGAAAAAACCCCACAAGCUUGGAAAAAUGACUACGUGGAUUAUAACAGGGUUUCGGUAAAGAAGGAAGUCGAAGAGAAGACGGAGCCAGAAGAGGUUCAAGAGCCGGCAGUGAGGAUGCCCAAGGUCAGUGAUCUGAGCGUGAAAAAGAAAAAGAAGAAGAAGAAACGAGAAGAAGUAGAGGAGAGCUCUGAAUAACUCCCUCACUGCCAUCCCGAGCCAGCAGCCUGGACCAGUUUGGGAAGGAAAAACGCAAAGGCCUUCGCAGACAGACAAA